AUGGCACCUAUCAAUCCAGCAGCGGAUUUUUAUGACAAUCUAGGAAUUAGAUACGAGAAGAGUUUUGGACACGAUGAAGGGCUCAUAGCGUUCGUUACCGACAGUUUAAAACUUCUCCCUACAAGCCCCGAUGCGAGGGUCCUAGAUAUCGGUAGCGGAACCGGGAUUCCAACAUCAAGUCUCGUUGUUCAAAGUGGUCGCAAAUUACACGGCAUUGAUUUCUCUCCCGUCAUGAUCAAACUGAGCACACGACAAGUUCCCGGUGGAACUUUCGAACUAACUAAUAUGCUCGAAUUUUCCCCUGAGUCUUCUUUCCAAGGGGCUUUUGCCAUAUUCUCCUUAUUCCAUUUCUCUCGUGAGGAAAUGGAUAUAGCUGCUGGAAAGAUGUCACAAUGGAUUGCUUUAGGAGGCUAUCUGUUUAUCGGGACCAUGGUAGCAGAGGAUUUUCCGACUGAGCCGCAUAUGUUUGACGAGGAUGGGGAGUGCGCAAGAGGCAUCGAGCACACAUUCAUGGGGAAACGAAUUGGUAACCUUCUGUAUACCAGAGAGGGCUGGGUCAACUUAUUACGAAAGGUCGGGUUUGAGGUGGUGAAGACAGAGAUGGUACCAUUCCAAGCACCUCCGGAGGCGGAAUGUGAUAUUGAGCCACAUUAUUACAUCACAGCGCGCAAAACCUUAGCUCAAUAA